AUGAACAGAAGUUCUGUUAAUUACAGAGAUAAGAGAAAUUAUAAAAUUGCAUUAGAAAGUGUUUUAAUUGCAUUAUUGAAUAGACAUUUUGAAAUUGUAUUAAGAAAACCAAAGUCAAAAUCAACAACAACAUUAUCUUAUAUUGAAAUUGAAUCAAUCAAAAGAAAUAACGAUAGUUUACAAAUAAAUACAUUUGUUGAAGAAAGAAUAAAGACACUUAUUGAAGACCAAAUUAAAAAAGGAUAUAAAUACUCAACAAUUAUGUCAAAAUCAAGAAGAAUGAAAAUUGAAGAAACAAAUAGCUUAAAAUCUGAAAAUAAAAGUAACAUACAAGAAGAACCAGAAGAGUGUAGUAUUUGUUAUGGUGAAAUGGAUAACUGUUAUACCAUUCCUGGAUGUGGACAUAAAUUCUGUUUUGAAUGUGUUCAAGAUACAGUUAAACAAGCACUUCAAGAUAAUCAAGUAGAAGUUCAUUGUCCAGAAGCUGGAUGUACUUCAAAAAUACCAACUUCAGAGUUGUAUGCUAAGUUCUUUACACCAGAAAUGUGUAAUAGAUUUACAGAAAAUUCAAGACGUGUAUUUCUUAGUGCACAAAAAAAUUGUAAAUUCUGUCCUAAAUGUGAAGCAGGGUUGUUAAUGACAGAUAACAAAGUAAAGGCACAAUGUCCUAUUUGUAAAUCCUAUUUUUGUACUAAUUGUUUAUGUGAAUAUCAUGAUGGUUAUACUUGUGAACAAUAUCAAAAAUGGAAAGCUGAAAAUGAUAACGCAGAUGAAAUGUUCCGAGAAUUUAUUAAAACACAUGGAGAAUGUCCAGAAUGUCAUAUGGUAUGUGAACGUAUAAGUGGAUGUAACUAUAUUAAAUGUAUUUGUGGUUGUGGAUAUUGUUAUAAAUGUCACAAAAAGGUUAAACAUUUUUCUCCACACAUUUUACAGGCUAAUUGCUCUCUUUCAGGUGAAGGUCAUGACUAG